GCCCUGCCACCUGCUGAAAAUCAGAGGCGAACAAGGAAGUCUGGCCCGGAGAACUGGAUGUCAAGCUAAAAGGAGACAAAACACAUCUCCGCCGCAUAGUAGACAUCUGCUCGCAGGUUGUUAGCUACAUCGGCGUGGCAAGAUGUUUAAGAAACUUAAGCAGAGGAUAAACGAGGAGCAGUCACCGCAGAGGAAUGCGCAGUCACCACAGCAGGCCCAGAUGGGCAGUGGAGACCGGCGCAGCAGCCAAACCCCUCCAUAUCAUCCUGAUGGCACACCCUCUCCCAGUGACAGAGAGAUGCUGGCCGGGAUGAUAGCAGAGCCCGCUUUUCUCUCUGAGUAUACUAUCUUUGCUCUGGACCAUUCAAAACGACCCAAAACGGCCCAGGUAGCCAGUGUGAGUGCCUCUAAAGGACCUGCGAGGUCUCCCAGAGGUAGCAUCAAUGGCGAUGGAAGUGCUUCUCCUCAUAGAGAGGAGUCGCAGUCAUUUGCCCAGAAACUACAGCUAAGAGUUCCCUCAAUGGAGUCGCUGAUUCGUGGUGGUGCGAGUCGAGCAGAAAAUCUUUUCCGCUCUCCAUCAAAAGAAAACCUGGUCCGAAGCUCAUCACGUGACUCCCUGACACCUUUGGGAGAAAAUGAUUCCCCAGGAGGCCCCACAUAUGAUCCGCCAUCCGAUAUUGAGAGCGAGGCCGAAGAGCCACCAGGAAGCACAGAGUCUCUUUCUAAGGAGCAGUUGGUGCACCGACUGCUCAGAGUGGAGAGGAGUCUGGGCAAGUAUAGAGGGAAGUACUCAGAGCUGGUUACUGCGUACAGAACAGUACAACGAGAUAAAGAAAAAACGCAGGUCAUCCUCAGUCAGAGUCAGGAUAAAGCUCUCCGUCGGAUUGGGGAGCUGCGAGAGGAGCUUCAAAUGGACCAGCAGGCCAAAAAACACCUACAAGAUGAGUUUGAUGCUGCGCUGGAGGAAAAAGACCAGAUGAUCACUGUCCUCCAAACACAGGUUGCUCUGUUGAAGAAACGAGUUAAGGCCGUGUCUGAUGGAUCGCUGCCACCCGAAGGUGAGGUCCCUCAGCCUGAUGUCGCUGAAGACUCUACUUCUACCACACAGAGUCCUUCGAAGGAGCAGGAGCUAGAGCCUGAAGUCACUGAGGGAGAGGGCAACAGUGAUCCAACCAAACUUUUGGAGGCCCUGCAGAAGAGAGUGAAGAGGCAAGAAAACCUGUUGCAGAAGUGCAAAGACGUGAUGCGUACACACAAGGAGCGGAGUGCACAGCUGGGCAGCGAGAAUGAAACUCUGCAGGAGCAGCUGCAGGAGAGACUACAGGAGCUGGAAAAGAUGAAGGAACUGCACACAGUGGAAAAAACGAAGUUGAUCACUCAGCUGCGUGAUGCCAAGAACCUCAUUGAACAGCUGGAGCAGGACAAGGGAAUGGUCAUUGCUGAGACCAAGCGCCAGAUGCACGAGACACUAGAAAUGAAAGAAGAGGAGAUUGCACAGCUGCGCUCCAGGCUUCAACAGGCUACUGCUCAAAAAGAAGAAUUACAGGAACAGAAAGAGAAGGCUGAGAAAUCAGCUUUUGAAGAACUUGAACGGGCUCUGGGUGUCGCUCAGAAGGCAGAGGAGGCCAAAAAACAGCUGCAGGUUCAGCUGGAGGAGCAAGUUAAAGAAGUUGAAAGGGCCGGUGAGGAGGAGAGGAAGAGUCUGCAGCAGGAGCUCACACGAGUCAAACAGGAGGUGGUCACCAUCAUGAAGAAAUCAUCUGAGGAAACGGUGGCCCAACUUGAAAAGCGCCAUAGUGAAGCUUUGGCUGCUAAAGAAGAAGAGAUAAAUGAGAGAGUCAACAAAGCUGUGGAGCAAUGCAAACAGGAGUUUGAGCAGCUAGCUGUGGAGCGAGAACAACAGGCCUCUCUGGCUCUGGAGGACGCAGAGUUACAGAAGACAGCUGUAAGGGUAGAAGCUGAUAACAAGGUUAAAGAGAUACAGCUGGAGCUGGAAACUACAAAAACUAGGAUAUUGGAGCUGGAGAGCUCCGUGGGCAAGAUCUCACAAGAUGAAUCAAGUCUCUCCGAUGAACUUUCCAGUCAGCUGGACGAGCUGAAGAAUAAACACAAAGAGCAAAUCUCUGCAUUAGAGGAAAAGCACCAGGAGCAGCUGGAAAAGCACAAGGGUACCCUAAUCCAGCAGCAUAACGCUGCUCUUGAGGAACUCAAGGAAAAACACAGAGCCGAAAUGGAGACCCAUCUGAAAGAGAAAGAGCUGCAGUUUCAAGCACAUGUUGAAGACAUGAACCAGAAAACUUUAGAGAAACUGGAUGCAAAGCAGGCAGAGUUUGAGGCACUUUCUUCUGAACUUUCAGAGAUGUUAAAGAGUAAACAGCUUCUGGAACAAAAGCUGGUGGCAGCUGAAGAGGCUCGUAGGUUAGCUCAACGGGAACAUGAAAAGAGGUUUCAAGAUCUGGCGUCAAAGCACAAAGCAAAGCUUGCAAAUAUCAAACAAGAGCAUGCGCAGUCACUUGGGGGUGUCGAGAAAACUCUAAAGGAGGAACUUAAUGCAGUGAAAAUUGUUCUGAAGGAAAAGCAAAAGGAAAUUGAACAACACAUCCUUAAAGAAAAAACACUACAAGGGGAUUCACAUUCCACUGCACAAGACUUAAAAGUCAAGGUUAAGGAACUGGAGCAGCUCCAGCAGAGUUUAUCACAAUCCCAGCUGGAAAUUGGGAGCCUAAAAGAAACUAACACAGAGUUGAGCAAGAUCUCAGAAGAUCUUGAUCAGUGUAAGAAAAAUUUGACAGAUGUGGAACAUCAGUUGGAAACAGCAAAGAAUGAUUGUCAACAAAAAGAAAAGUCGCUUCAAGAAAUGGAGCAUCAAUUACAAGAGACCAAAAAGGAGCUUGCAGAGAAGGAGAAGUCAUUAACUGCAGAACUAAACACUAAACUGGGAGAAGAAACACGCCUCAAAAAACAGCUGGAUGAUGAAAAAGCUGCCCACGAGAAGAAACUGAAGAACACUAUAACUGAGAUGGAGUCAAAGCUAAAAUCACAGGAGACAAAAAUGGAAAAAUUCAAACAAAAAGCCAAAGACAUGCAAGAGAAUUUUAAGAAAAAGCUACAGCAGAAUGAAGAAAACAUGAAGAAGGAGCUUGCAAAAAAGGACACUGAACUGCAACAGAAAGAACAGCAAGUUCAGGAGAAAAUUGUGGAGAUGGCCCAGAAGAGUUCCCAAGGCCUCAGCAGCACAGUGUCAGAGCUGCAGGCCAACCAUAAGGAAGAACUGGAGAAACUACACGGUACCCACAAACAUGAGAUUGAAAAAAUGGAGCAUCAUUGGCAGGAGAAGUUGGGACAGCAGGAAGAAGAGUUGAUGGAGAAACAUUCACUCCUACUACAGGAGAAGGGUCAGGAACUGGAGGAAAUAGCUCAGCAGCUUAGCAGAAGCAGAACAGAGAACGAGCAAGUGUUGUGUGAAAUAAAGAAUUUAAAGGAGGACCUGGCGAUUCGAGAAACCACUGUGCAGAAGCUGCAGGAAGAGCUUAAUGAAGCAGCAGUAAAGCUUGAAAGUUCGUCUCAGGGUGAAGUAUUGUUAAAAGAACAAAUGGAGUCAGUGGAGAGGAACCUUAACCAGGCUCUGAAUGAGAGAAACAGUCUCCAAGACACGCUUAACACAACACAGGAAGAGAGCAGAGAGAAGCUAAAGACUUUGUCGGACAAGUUGAAUGAAACGGAGAAACAGCUCGAAGCGCUGGAAGGCUCCAGAUGUAAGGAAAGUGAGGACUUGCAAAGUAAAUUUAAGGAAACUUCCAAUCAGCUGCAAGCCAAGGAAGCGGAGUUCCAGCAGCAGUUAAUUCUGAUCAGCAACCAAAUGGACCAUUACUGUAAGGAGGUUCAGUCUAAAGUGGAGUUUGGAUCUAAUGAACUCCAACAAAGAGUGGACUGCAGGGUGAAAGAGCUGAACAACAGACUCCUCUGUAGUCAGAAAAAGAUGGAGCAUCUAAAAAACCUUGUCCUUACUAAAGUAGGUAGAAUUUGCACUUUAGAGGAGAAUCUCCACCAGCAGACGGAGGAGAAUAAGAAUCUAUGCAUUUCAUUAGAACAGAUGACUGCUCAGGUAAAUGCUCAUAUGGAGCAUAUCAAUGCCUUAACACACGAGAAGGAGAAUCAUUCUCAGUCUGUCAGUGAACAAGUUCAGAAAAUUGAGGAACUGAGCGAAGCGAACAGAAUCAUAUCAGAAAGUAUGAAAACAAACAAGCUGCAUAUCACAAACUUGGAAAGCAUCGUCAGUGACUUGAAAAAUCAGCUAGCAAGUAGCAUAAAAGAGAAGGAGGAAGCCAUAAAUCAGCUGACCCAGCAGUAUGAGGAGGAGAGACAACGGGCUGCUGCUCAAAUGGAGGAGAACAUUAAGAGAUUGGAGCAGGAGAGAAAGUCUGCUUUAGAGCAGGCAGAUGCACUCAGGAACAGCCUGUCCGAGUACGAGAACAAGGCAGAGACGAGGUUCAAACAGAAUGACAACACUGUUUCAUCUCUACAGACCAGGCUUGGAGAGCUGGAGCAAGAAAUCUCUGAGAAGAACGAAGCCCUGCAAAGGCUGACGGCAAGUAUUGACAAUCAGUCCAUCAGCAAGUCUGAGAUGGACCAGGUGUUGAGUGAGAAGGAGCAGAAAGUCAGUGGACUUACCUUGGAGCUUGAGAGUUGCAUCAGUCGACUUGGUGAGCUUCAGGAGCAGUUAGCCUUAAAGACUAAAGAGUGUGAACAGCUCACAUCUGACCUCAAACAGCAGCACAGCAUCAGGGAGACUGAGAAGAGGGAGUUGGUGGAGCAGCUGCAGCAGACCCAGAUGCAGAACGGUAAUGUGGAGCAGGAGAUGGUGCAAAAACUACACUCCCUGGAGGAAGACAACCAGAGGUGUAGACAAAAGCUUGAAAGUCAAAGGGAGGAAUUUGAAAAACUGAAAGACGAGAUCAUCAAGAGCAAGGAGGAGAAUCUGAAGGCGACUGAAGAGAGGUUGUCUGCAGAGCGUGCUAAGAAAGUAUCGGAGCUGAAGAAGAAAGCUGAGCAGAAAAUCAGUCAGAUUAAAAAACAGCUAACAUCACAGCUCGAGGAAAAAGAGCAGUUGAUAAAGACUCUUGAGGCUAGCCUGGAGGGAAUCAAGAGCAAUGAAACUUCUGGCCAAAAACACAUAGAAACAUUAGAAGAAAAAGCAAAAACGCUCGAGGAGGCUCUUGUCAGGCUUAAGGAGGAGCAGGAGAAACAACUUGAACAGGUUCUAAGUAAUGAGAGGCUUGAGAAAGAAAGGACUGUAGAGGAACUGAAAACCGCGUAUGAGGACAAGCUGCUCACACUUCAGAGAGAGAUGGCACGACAAGGGGAGAGCAGAGAAGCUGAAUCGGCACUACACGAAAUCGAGGCAAAACUAAAAGAAGCAGAGGAGCAGAAUGGAAACCUUGUUGCAGAAAUAAAUCGUCUGAAAGAACAAAUACUUGAGAAGGAUGCCCAGCGGGUCCAAAAUCCAUCAGAACCUGAAGCUGAGAUGAAGGUGGAAAGUAGCCGCAUGCAGCAAACCAUGAGUGUGAUGGAAAACGAGAUGGAAAACCACGCCCCCAUGCAGGAAGGAGACGAGGAUGCUUUGCAGUCUCUCAAGAACAAACUGAGUCAGAUGAAGAACGAGAAAGAGAAAAUCCAAAAGGACUUCACCAGGCUACAGAAAGACAUGCGACUGCUGAGGAAGGAGCACGAACACGACCUCGAAUACUUGAAGAAAGAGUUGUUAGAGGAGAGUGAGAAAAAGCUGAAACUGGAGUUAGAAGACGUAGAAAUGAAGCACAACUCUGCGAUUAAGCAGCUAAUGCGGGAGGUCAACACGCAAAUGGCUCUGAAAGAGAAGGAGCUUGACACAGCAGUGAAGGAGACCAUUGCGAAGGCCCAGUGUGUUGAAGCAGAGCUCAUCAGCUGCCAUCAUGAAGAAGCCAGUCAGCUGAAGAAGGCCAUUUCUGAGAAAGAGGAUGAUUUGCACAGAACUGUUCAGAAAUAUGAACAAGUUAUACAGAGUCGAGAGGAGGAGAUGGGAGACAGAGUCUGGCAGAUUCAGAAACAACUGGAGGAGUUGCAAACAAGGAGCCAAAGUACUUCUGAGACACCAAUGACCCCAGAAGAUCUACAGGCUCAGCUUGCUGAGAAGACGACUUUAUUGAGUGAGGCCCGGCUGAAGGAGCAGGAGUUUGUCGAGAAAAUUCACUCGCUUGAGGACAAGAUUAAAUGUUUCCACCGAAGCACUGUCGUAACUCACCUCGGAAGCACAUUCAGAGAUCCUGGGUUCAACCCCUCUGAUGCACUCUCUGAACCCGCUGAGAUGGAAUACCUGAGGAAGGUGCUGUUUGAAUACAUGAUGGGACGGGAAACAAAAACGAUGGCCAAAGUGAUUACCUCCAUGCUCAAGUUUCCUCCUGACCAAGCGCAAAAGGUUUUGGACAAAGAAGACUCCAAACCAAUCCCUUGGUUACGAUGAGAGUUUGACUGAUUCGGUCACGCCUGGAUGAUAAUCUGCUGCUGCUACUGCUGCUGAAGGGGAAGACUGCCAUGGAUUUUAUCAAGCCCUUCUCUCUGCAUUUCUUGUCAUUUUAUGUGUGCGUAUGCGUGUGGGUGUGUGUGUGUGUGUGUGUGUGUGUGAGCACAAUCUUGGGCAUAAUUGUGUGCGUGACGUGGUAUGUGUGAGUACUUCUAAAGGUAUGAGGGAAUUUGAAAGAAACACCAAUCUUCCAUAAAUCCAGUUUUACUUUGAGAUUAAGUUUGUUAAUUUAUAUGUUUUAGAUGAAGACAAAUGAGUUUUCCUUUUAUUUUAGAAUGUGUUUAUACAGGUUGGCUUGUGCAAUAAAUGAUAUCAUUAUCACAUAUUGACGCUGACGGUCAGUUGAUUUAUAGGUUUCUGUGUUGUGCUGUUGUCUGAAUCGCUUCCUCUGUAAAACUGUAGACGACCCUUUAACUGUGCACCCGCACCACAUUAAGAUACUGGCCUCUGGACCUUGUUUGUUUAACACAAGCUUUUCUAUGCUUUAUAUUUUCACACCAACACUGACAAAAAAAAAAACCCACAAAACUGUAAAUUGUAUUAUGAUAAUUAAAACUGUAUUAUAAGGCACUAUAUGACUUGCUACACAUUUUCAAACUAACAAAUUAAAUCUUAUUUACAGAAA